AUAAAUUGUCAAAUGAUAUUUGAAAUUUAGGGAUUUAUAAGUGAGAUGUUCUACGGAUAUCUCUGAAACCCGCAUAUACCCACAAAAAGAGUCUCUUUUCAUACUGCGCAGCUGCCUGAAAGGUUCUGGAACCUUUCCUUGGACCAACGGAUUGUAAGUUGGAAUCCCGAAUGAGCUCAUUAUACAAACAGCAACACAAUGGAGCAGGUGAACAGCACAGCAUCCCGUCUGCGAUGGAUUUGCACCUGUGGCUUGGCCAUCUCCGUGUACUCACUGUACGUGAAGAUGAAAAUGGAGGAAGAUGAGAACUACAGGCCGAUGUGCGAUGUGAACGAAAACAUAAGCUGCUCGCUGGUCUUUAAAUCAGUUUAUGGCGAAGGCUUUGGUCUUGGGAAAAUAACCAAACUAAAUCUCCCCAACGGAGCCAUAGGAUGUGUCUUCUACGUCCUCUACUUUUUAAGCUCUUUCUAUCAGAAUCAAUGGCUGUGCUUGGCCCAAUUGAUGAUAUGCACUUUGACCCUCUUUCUCUGCGUUUACCUGGGCUUCCUGCUGCUUUUUGUCUUUUACGAUUGCUGUUUGGUGUGCUUGGCCAUCUAUUUAAUACACACGUGGCUCUUCCAGGAAGCUUUAAGGCGCUAUAGACGUCUAUACAUGUAAGAAUUUGUGUACUUAAGUCAAACCAAAAAUAAAAUGAAGAUAAGCCCCUGAGCUGAGCUCCUAACCAGAUGUCGGGCCGACAACUUCCAACUCCCAUGACCAAGCACGUAGUGGGGCAAUUAAUUCUGCACGUUCCCAUUUGCCGCCGAAGGCUGUGAUCUGUGAUCUGAGAUCCGCGAAUGGCGCUACUGCCAAGCGACUUAGCCAAGUUAACAAGGUGGGCGGACUGCGAAAACUCAGCGCAAUUAAUUUCCCAUAAGUUCGGGAAUCCCUUUGUGUGGGCCGGGGUUCCGAUCCGGAUGGUCUGAAUAG